AUGGUCGCAAUCUAUUCGCGACAUCACGACGGUCAUCGUCAUCGCGACGAUGUUGACGCUGGUUAUGGCGAUCGAGUCGCGGCUGGCGACCGACUUUUCGAUGAGGACCGAGUCUUUGAUGGCGGCUGGCCUGCUGUGACGACGUCAGACGACGCGCGGUUCCCCACGUCGUCGAGUCACCGCCGAAUGCAGCUUCAUCCACCAGUGAACCCCGAGUUCCACUCUCGCCGCGAGGAGGACUGGUCUCCUUCCCCGUACAAUGCGCUUCCCCCCACACUACCCUUCCCCCCACGCUGCGCUUUCCCCCACGCUGUCCUCCCCCACGCCGUCCUCCCCGCUGCCCUCCCCAACCCCUCACCCCCCCCAGCCGUGACUCUAGCAGUGGGUGAGAUCAACCUGUCCAAGUCGCUGCUGCCAAACCACACGCUGCUGCUCGCGCCGCUCAACUACACCACGCAGCCCGUUGCAGGGCAGAUGGCAGCCCUCCAGCUGGCGUCGAUGGAUCCCAUGCCCGUGGCGGUGGUGGGGCCGCGCAACUCAGACCAGGCCGCGCUGGUCAGCCCGCUGGCGGCGUUCGCGCAGAUCCCCUUUGUGUCGCCGUCCGCCACGGACGUGCGGCUGACAGCGGGUGGCGACCGGCCGUACUUCAUGCGAACCAUUCACAACGACGGCAUGGACAUGCGCGCUAUUGCAGAGUUCCUGGCGUUCAACAAGUGGAGCGAGGUGAUCGUCAUUCACAGCGACAACCGCUUUGGCCGCAACGGCAUCGCGUCUCUCAACGGCUACCUCUCCGUACAGGAGCAAUGGAAGGUCAGGAUCGCGACACGUGUGCCGAUCAAGACGACGUGGUCGGUGGCGGAUACAGCAGCAGCGCUGGCAGCAGUGGAGCGGCUGGAUCCGGCGGUCUUUGUGGUGCAUGCCGCUGCUGCCCUCUGCGCUGUCAUCUUCUCUGCUGCGAAUCAGAUGCAGCUGGUGGGGAAGAACUCGGUGUGGGUGGCAUCGGAGGGGGCGGCGCUGGUCAACUCCACCGUGCUGCAGAACGUCGAGGGCAUGGUGAUUACCUCAACCUACCUCCCUCCAUCACCGCGCCUCACCUCGUUUCGGGAGAAUUGGGCCAACCUGAACCCCAUACGCUUCCCCAACGCUAGCAAGGAGGGAAAGCGAGCUCUCUCAGCUUCACGCUGCCUUUCUUUCCUUCCCCUCCUCUCCCUCAUCUCCCUCCUCACGCCUCCUUCCCCUCCAGGAGCCCAAGUCGUACACGAUAGCAGCAUACGACGCCUCUUGCCUCCCUCUAUGCCCAUCCUUGCCCUCCUCCCGUUCCUUCCCCUCCUCUCUCAUCUCCCUCCUUUCCCUCUCCUCCAGGAGCCCAAGUCGUACACACUAGCAGCAUAUGACGCCACGUACCUCAUAGCCUGGGGGCUGCACUCCCUGCUCUAUGUCAAUCACAGCACCGCCACCACUGGCAGCACCACCACCAGCAGCAGCAGCAGCAGCAGCAGCAGCAGAAGCAGCGGCGGCAGCCUCACACAGUGCAAUGCUGACCCUUCAUCCCCUUCUCACUCACACAUAAAUCGCCCACACCCGCCUCUUCCACCCCCUUCUCACUCUCCUCAUUCGCCCAUACGUCACCCACACCCACCGGUAUCACCCCCUUCUCACCCACUCCCGCCCCAUGCACCCCCACCUCCCAUAUCCUCACCCCUCUGGCCGGGAACGACCCGUGCUGCUGCUGCUGCUGCUGCCGCCGCCGCCACUGCUGCUGGUGCUGCUGCUGCUGCCGCUCAAGGCUCUGAUGCUUCUGGUUGCAAUAGUGGCACUGCUUUGACUUCUCCUACUCUGCAAACGGACUACAGGAACGCGGCCAGCAGGAAGCAUGCUCCGCAGCUGCGUGGGCUCAAACGGAGCUUAGUGGGCCCCAUGCUUCGCCAAGCCAUGCUGUCAGCCACUUUCGACGGAGUCAGGGGCAGGAUCACACUCAACUCGCACGGCGACCUGCAGUCCAACGUGACGCGCAUUCUCAACGUGAUCAACGGCACCGCUGUGCCAGUUGGCUUCUGGACCUCCUCGCUGCUCCUCACGCCCUCCCUUGAUCUACCCCCCAUGAACGGCACAUCCCGCAUGCUCAACAUCACCUUCCCAGGCAACGCUACCAAGCCCCCCUCAGGCGCCUUUCCGCGCCGCAAGCUGCUGCUAGCCGUGCCCUACAAGAAAGGCUUCCAGCAGUUCGUCAACAUCACCUCCUCUUCGGCCUCCCCACCUACAAACGAGACCGCAUCAUACUCCUUCUCGGGGUUCACAGUGGAGUUGUUCCGCCUGGCAGUCAGCAAGCUGCCGUACAAGGCGGACUAUGAGCUCGUGCCGUUUGUAGGGGACGACGGUGGCGGUGCUGAUGCUGCGGUGGGAUACGACGACAUGCUCCAGGCAGUGGCUGACGAGAAGUUUGACGGGGCCAUUGGCGACAUCUCUGUGACGCAGGCGCGGAGCAAACUUGUGGAUUUCACACAGCCCUUCAUGGCAUCAGCAGUGAGUGUGAUCGCGUACGUGCCGCCCUCCAGCAGCUGGUGGAUGGCACUCGCGCCCUUCACGCCCUCCAUGUGGGCGGCGUUUCUCGGCAUGACUUUCGCCACGGGGCUCAUCACGGUGUUUCUCGAGUGCCGCCAGAACUGGGAGUUCCAAGGGAAGCUGCACGAGUUGCUGCAGCACGCGCUCUGGUUUGGCUACCUCUCUAUCUUCUCCUUUCUCGAGAAGCCGGUGCGGACAUUGAUUGCGAGGAUCGUGCUGGCGCUCUGGCUGCUGGUGACCUUCGUUGUAGUCACGUCGUUCACAGCCAACAUGACGUCUAUAAUCACGGUCAACAUGCUCACAGUGCCCUCGCUGGACGUCAACAGUGUGAUCAAUGCCAACAACCCGAUUGCUUACCAGGCGGGCUCAUUCAUCGAAGGCUAUCUCACGCAGCUGGGCGUGCAGAAGCACAACAUGGUACCGCUCAACAGUGCAGAGGAGUAUAACAGUGCGCUGGUGACUGGGAGGGUGAAGGUGGUGGUGGAUGAGGAUCCGUAUUUGGACCUGCUGCGAGCAAACCACUGCAGCAUGGCGCAAGUCAAACAACCUUACUCCUUCCUCAGCAUGUCAUUCGCGUUCCAGAAGGGAUCCCAGCUGCGCAGAGACAUCUCAGCGGCGAUUCUCCACCUGACCAUGACAGGCGAGCUGGACCAGCUGCAGCAGGACUACCUGCUGGGAGGCACCAGGCUAUGUCCCGACACACUCAUGCCCGAGGCACCCGCGGUGCUGGCCAAUGAGAACUUCUGGGGGCUGUUUGUGGGGUAUGCCGUGGUGUCCCUCGCGUGCUGCCUGCUGUAUGUCGGGCUGCUGGUGUUCCGCGGCGCCAUGGUUGCGAGGGAGCUGUCACGGCAGCAAGCCAAGUCAUACAACACCGACAUGGUGGAAUUCGUUCCAGCAAAUCAGCCAGCGAAUCAGCCUGCGGAUCAGCCUGAAAAUCAGCCUGCACACGUGGCGCUUGCUCCUGCUGCGUCCUUCAAGCUUGACUCGCUAGAUCUUAUAGAGGAGCUUGGAGAUGAAGAGGAGGAUGAGGAUGAAGAUGAAGAUGAAGACGACGAUGGGGAUAACUUAUACUCUGCCCAUCUGAAGGGUGACCAUGCUGAUGACGGAAAUGGUGGGGGUGGUGGGAAGGGGGUAAAACUCGUGAUGCCGGCAACACCCAAGGGGCGUGCUCGGGCAGAGGGUGUUGAAGCAGGGGUUGACGGCGCAGCAGCAGCAGCAGCGAUAGCGAUGGGAUCAGCAGCAGCAACAGCACUGUCACCAGUAUCACCAUUAACACGGGGAGCAUCGGCAAUUGCAGCAGCAUCACCAAUAUCCCCAGAAUCAGCGGCAGAAGAGGCAGAAGCAACACCAGCAUCACCAAUAGCACAUGCAACAACAGUACCAUCUGCUGCUGCUGCUGAGCAGGGUGCAGCACAGGGGCAGGCCAGCAGGUCCGAUGUCAAAGAGGCAGCGGGCUUUGAGAAGUCUAAGAAAGCGCAGCGGCAGUCAAGCAGGCCCGGAAUGAAGGUGGCAGCGAGCUUCGUAGCAGUGGCUUCGCUGCAUAAGCGAGUCGGCAACCUCGUCGACCGCUUUCAAAAGGGUCAAGAGUGGAGCAAGGAGCGCCACGCACGUGCAUCUGCCCCUGCUAUCACCGCCUCUGCCUCUGGAAUCACCGCGUCUGCCUCCGCCACCUCUCUCUCUGACAUGGCCUCUGAAGACCAGCCAGCAGCAGAUGGCAUUGCCAUUGGCGGCAGCAGUUUUGGAAGCACUACUCCCCACGCACUCCCUCAUGUCCCGAUAGGCCGCCGUGCAGGGAAAAAAUUGAGAGAAGCUAGGUUUAGAGCAAAUGUUGCCACACCGUACCGUACGUGA